AUGAUAACGACACCCAAGUCCAGACGCCGGGACAACAACAAGCCCCUGGAGGAGGUGAAGGAGCGUCGGCGCAUCAGAAACCGCAUAGCCCAAAGAACAACCAGGGAGCGACGGGUGGCACAUAUUCGAGAUCUAGAGGAGCGGCUCGCAUCAUAUGAGAACGACAAAGACAACUCGAAGCUUCCGGAGCUCCUCGAGGAAAAUGCAAAGCUCCGGAAGGGACUCCAUGCCGCGCGAACGAAGUUAUUGAGUCUCGCAACAUCAGCAAGCUAUGCUGCUGGAUCAAUUAAGCCGCUCCUCCAUCUAGAAGAGUCGCCGCCAGAGGGCGCUUCACCAACACCACCACCGCCGUCGCCAUCGCCAGCGCUUGAGCUCGAGCUGGAUUCUCAGGCCCACAGCAAGGUCAGGCCUGAGGAAAAUGCUGCCGAAGAUCAAGCUUCCACCUCUGCCGUUGCUGGGACCGUAGGCACCUCAAAGCUUUCGGAUAGCCCGCACACUUGCUCAAUCCUGCAAGAGAAUGAUGCAGCAUGUCCCAUGAUAUCUAAUACCUACCACUGCGGCGGACUAGAUCUUGCCCAGUCCAGCUGGUCGGCCCCAAGGCCUUACAACGAGGAAGGGUCUUUGGAAGAGUUUGCUUCUCAAUAUUUCACCACCUUUUCCGAUACCGAUAUUCUUCACGCCUCUUUCCAACAAGCAUCGGACACCAUGAAGAUCCCCGAUAUGGAGAUGGUAGUAUCCCAGCCCAACGAUGGUUGCACGAGCGAUAGUUAUAGCGACCUCACCUAUCUCGAUAACGGGCUAUUAACUCAUGGUAGACUGUUGAUGACACCACAGUCUCGAAGCGAGGGAAAUCACCAAUCAGUCUUCUCUGCGCAUGUGGACUGUAUCAUCAAUAUUCUCAGACGAGGUGGUGUUGCGGAUCUAUACACACGGGCUCCACGACUGAUUGACACCAUGUUGGAAGGCUUCGUCGAGGAAUGCUGGCCCUGUAUGAAGAAGUGGUUUUGCUUGACCGACUCCUACACCACGUUACGAUGGGUGCUCUGGUGGCAAAUAGUCCGGACAUCUGAAGCCCUAAACGACAUUCCCGAAACCCAUACUCCAACGGCCGUCCAGACUGCUCUACGGCAUCCCAGCAUUAUCGAUUGGGUCCCUUUUCCGAGCAUUCGAAAUGCUCUCAUUCUUUCCGAUGGAUAUGACGUCGACCAGGUCUAUUGCGACACGGUCGAAAAUUGUGUGCUCCAGAAAGAGGAACCUGAGAUUGCCAGAAAUGAUUAUGCCCACGUCAAAUACAAAAGUGUCAUCAGUUUGCUCCAAACGGCGCUCCAAUCCGCGACGGAUGCGUCCAACCCUAGUUCUAACACACAAGGCGCUGGCACAGCGGAGGACGACAACAUUUUCUCCGAGAGACCUCUCAAAAGGACCAAGGCCGCGUCUAGCGCCUACUGCCAGCUUCUGAUUGAUUUUGGUCGAUGGGUUGUGAAACUCGACCCUGCCUUCUUCAUCAAAUAUCCCGAUUUGUAUGACGCUUCCAUCGUCGCCAAAGGACCUAGCAUGGACCCUCGGGGCCCGAAGAUUCAAAAGCCGGCCCCUCUGACUUUUACCGCAACAAACACAUAUGCCAGUUUGCUUUUCAGAGACAAGAACUACCGUACAUAUGGGAUGGACUCGAGAAUUCGACACAGGCAACGGGAAACCAGGUUUACCUGA